GGCCCCGACGCUCUCAACAUCUCUUUCGCUCCCCCUCUCUCUCUGUGUACAUCCUCCUCUCACACAUCUCCCUCUGCUACUCUCCAUUGCUCAAGACAAGGCCGGCCGGCAGAACAUGGGGACGCAGGCAGCGGAGAACUUCGAACCGCCGGCCAAGGAUGUCAGGACGGAUGAGCAGAAGAAGAUCGACGACUGGCUCCCUAUCACGUCGUCGAGGAACGCCAAGUGGUGGUACUCGGCCUUCCACAAUGUCACCGCCAUGGUGGGCGCGGGAGUGCUCAGCCUCCCCUACGCCAUGUCCGAGCUCGGCUGGGGCCCUGGCAUCGCGGUGCUGAUCAUCUCGUGGGUGAUCACGCUCUACACGCUGUGGCAGAUGGUGGAGAUGCACGAGAUGGUGCCCGGGAAGCGGUUCGACCGGUACCACGAGCUCGGGCAGCACGCCUUCGGCGACAAGCUGGGGCUCUGGAUCGUGGUGCCGCAGCAGCUGAUCGUGGAGGUGGGCGUGAACAUCGUGUACAUGGUCACCGGCGGGAGGUCGCUCAAGAAGUUCCACGACGUGAUCUGCGACGGCAAGUGCAAGGACAUCAAGCUCACCUUCUUCAUCAUGAUCUUCGCGUCCGUGCACUUCGUCCUCUCGCAGCUGCCCAACUUCAACUCCAUCUCCGGCGUGUCCCUGGCCGCCGCCGUCAUGUCGCUGUCCUACUCGACCAUCGCGUGGGGCGCGUCGGUGGACAAGGGCAAGAUGGUGAACGUGGACUACAACCUCCGCGCCACCACGACGCCGGGGAAGGUGUUCGGCUUCUUCGGGGCGCUGGGCGAGGUGGCGUUCGCGUACGCCGGCCACAACGUGGUGCUGGAGAUCCAGGCCACCAUCCCGUCCACGCCGGAGAAGCCGUCCAAGAAGCCCAUGUGGAAGGGCGUGGUGGUGGCCUACAUCGUCGUCGCGCUCUGCUACUUCCCCGUCGCCCUCAUCGGCUACUGGGCCUUCGGCAACAGCGUCGACGACAACAUCCUCAUCACCCUCAACAAGCCCACCUGGCUCAUCGCCAUGGCCAACAUGAUGGUUGUCAUCCAUGUCAUCGGAAGCUACCAGAUUUACGCGAUGCCGGUGUUCGACAUGAUCGAGACGGUGCUGGUGAAGAAGCUCAAGUUCCCUCCCGGCCUCACACUCCGCUUGAUUGCCCGGAGCCUCUAUGUUGCGUUCACCAUGUUCGUCGCCAUCACCUUCCCUUUCUUCGGUGGGCUGCUCGGCUUCUUCGGCGGGUUCGCCUUUGCGCCGACGACAUACUUCCUCCCCUGCGUCAUGUGGCUCGCCAUCUACAAGCCCAAAAGAUUCAGCCUCUCAUGGUUCACCAACUGGGUCUGCAUCGUCCUUGGGGUGUGCCUGAUGAUCCUGUCGCCAAUCGGAGGGCUCAGACAGAUCAUCUUGGAUUCCAAGACAUACAAAUUCUACUCAUAGACCACUUCUACGACGCAUUUUGUCUUGUGGAAACUGCCAAGAGAUCAUUUACGAUGUCUACUAUAAACUCUCUUGUCUUGCAAAGGAAAAAAGAAAAGAAGGGGAAGAUCAUAGCACCACGGACUGUUACAGAUGGGACGGUAGAUGCAUAUGGUCAGAGAAAACUUGGUUUAGUCAAAGCAAAAGGGUUGUGUUUGUGGUUAAUCAUGUGUACGUAAUAUAUAUGUUGUGUGGAUUUGACUCUGUGCUGUAGGAUCGACGAUCUUUUUUUCUGCUCAAACUUGCAUGGAUGAACAUGGCUUCGCUUUCGUGUGCA